UAUCGGCAGAGCAGCAGUCAGCAGAGGACACGAGCGUCUCAAGGUUUGAGGCCGGCAGACGACGACGGAAGAGAGCAACUUCGUCGGGGGAGCCACGUUCGCAUCGCGACUGGCCACAAGGUUCCGAAAAUCGCAAGAACCGACGGCCGACGAUGUCCAAAACGAUCGACCGGGGACGGGGACAGGCAAUCGCCCACCCCACGACGGGUCGCGUCGCAUCGGGUCGUUGCACGGCGCGCGGCUGCGUGCCUGCGUUACUCACCGCCCGCGACACGUCGCCUAGUCCGGGCCUCCUCCCUCCCUGCACGCACCGCAUCGGCCUCGGCCCAUCGUCCCGCUUCCGUCUCGUCCCGUCUCCUCCUCGUCUUCCUUCCUCCGCGCUCCAGCCGCGGCUUCCCACGAGAGAUCCGGCGCGGUCGCGGGAGAGAGCGGCAUGGGGCUCUGGGACUCGCUCCUCAAUUGGCUCCGGAGCUUAUUUUUUAAGCAGGAGAUGGAACUCUCCCUGGUUGGGCUGCAGAAUGCUGGGAAGACAUCUCUAGUCAAUGCUGUUGCUACAGGUGGCUACAGCGAGGACAUGAUUCCAACUGUAGGCUUUAAUAUGCGGAAAGUCACCAAGGGAAACGUCACAAUUAAACUUUGGGAUCUUGGUGGGCAACGGAGAUUCCGGACUAUGUGGGAGCGCUACUGCCGUGGAGUUUCUGCUAUUCUAUAUGUGGUGGAUGCUGCGGAUCGAGAUAGUGUCCCAGUAGCUAAAAGUGAAUUGCAUGACCUGCUGACGAAACAGUCUUUAGCUGGGAUUCCCUUGCUUGUCCUGGGAAACAAAAUUGACAAGUCAGAAGCGCUUUCUAAGCAGGCAUUGGUUGACCAACUAGGACUGGAAUUUUUUAAGGACCGCGAAGUUUGUUGCUACAUGAUCUCCUGUAAGGACUCCGUGAACAUAGAUGUUGUCAUCGACUGGCUUAUCAAGCACUCUAGAACAGCAAAUUAGGGUUGUUGUGUGUUUGUGUUACAAUGCACUGUGAGACGAAUUUAGCUCUGUGUCUCCACUCAGUUUCCUGAUCCAGAAGUUUAAAGCAACCGCAUUGUAAUAUAUGUGUGAUCUGUUUGGUUCCACCGACGAAUAGUAUGGUGGCCAGUGCUUGAAUAUCAGAAAACAUGUAAUCCUUUGUAAAUUCCUUGAAUCUUUUAUCUUUCUUUAUUGUGGGCAUCCUGUGUCUUUUCCUUC